AUGGAAAGAUUAAGGAGUAAUAUAGAGAAGCUUUCAUCUACAGAUGUAUCACUUCAAGAAAAUUGUCUAAGAUAUUUAAUCAACAGUUCAACUGAAAGCGAAUACCAAGUGACCAUCUUAUAUUUAUUGGGAAUUUCAAAAACCAAUGAAUUGUUAAAAUCAAAUAAUGAAGUCAUACAAAUGUUAUCAACUUGGUUACUUAGUCAUUUAUGUUUAAAUUUGGAAAAUUGUAUAACAUUAUUAAAAUCAGAGAUUAUAGAAACAUUGAUGCGUAUAUUGGUGUCUGAGAAUCAAGAUGUAGCAGAAAAGGGGUUAUGGGUAUUGACCAAUUUAACAUUGUGUUCAGAACAUAGUCAUCUGUUGGUAGACUAUGGAGUAGUAGAGGCACUUACCUUUUUUUUAAAACGAUCGAAUCACAAUCUCAUUAUACUGGCCACUGUACCACUUCGAAAUAUAUUACACAAAGAUACCUGUGGAGAGUAUCUUGACAAUCAAAAAGCACUCUGUCACAGUGGUGCCAUUCAAAGUAUUACCAAACUUCUCACUUCCCAAUAUCCAACACCUUCAAAUGAAUUAAUAUUGGCUUUAACAUCAAUCAUUCACGUUUUAUCUAUUUAUCAUCCAUUAAUUAGAAGAAUUUUAGCAAUAUCAGGAGUAUUACAACAAUUGAUAGCAUAUUUAUCAUCACCUUCAUCACCUGAACCAAUUAAAGAACAAGUAUUAAAGAUUUUAAUUAAUCUUUCUCUGACAGAGGAAACUGAAAAACCGAUAUUGGAUUCGGGUGCAAUGAUGCCAUUGAUUGAAACAUUGGUCUCUGUCAGUUCACCUCUGUCUCUAAAAUCAUUGUCGGUCAGUUGUCUUGCCAACCUCACCUCGAAUCAAGACAUUCGUCGUAUUCUACGUUCCAAAUAUUUGAUUGAUGGUAUUUGUGAACUAUUAAAAGAACGAUCAUCACACAGUUCACAAUUACUUGAAGCUUUGGCUUUAUUGAUAGCAAAUCUUUGUACUGAUGAAAUUUGUAGAUAUAUGAUAUUACAAUCAGAUUGUAAUAGAAUUUUAACAAGAUUUAUUGAUCAUUCUCAUCCACAAGUAAAAGAAUCAAUUCAAAAAGCAAUAGAGAAUUUGAGUGUACCGAUUUCAGCGUCGGUACACAAUGAAUUAAAUGUCAAAGAAGAUCUAUCGGAUCUAGAUCCAACCGAUAGUUUGGGUCCAUCACUUUCACUUUCACCCUCCCCAAUCAACAAAGGAAUUAUGAGAUUCUCUAGAAGUAUAUCUCCUCAAACUCUUAGAAACACUCUAGAAGAAUCAUCACCUCGACUUUCUCAUGUAGAUGAACCAAACAUGAGUUUUAGAAGAGGAAAGAUUAUUAAAGAAAUUAUUGAUACUGAACAAGCUUAUAUUUAUGCUUUAAAUAUUUGUAUUAGAGUUUAUUAUAAUCCAUUAGUAGUUGCACCAACAAGUCCACCAAUUUUACCAUUAGAAGUUGUAGAAUCUAUUUUUUCAAAUAUUGAUAAAGUAUUUAGAGUAAAUUGUGAAUUUUUAAAGAAACUUCGAUCUUUGGCAUCAUCGACUGAAAAGAUUGAUAUCAUUGAAUUGGCACAAGCAUUUCAAUGGUUGUGGGAUAAAGAGGAGAAACCAGAUCAAAGCGAUCAAUUUUCAACAAUCAAAGAGUAUAGGACCUACAUUAAUGGAUUCAAUAGAGCAAUGGACCUUAUCCAUGAGAAUCGUGCCAAGGUACCUCGGUUCAAAGAGUUUUUGGAUCGUUGUCAAUUCUCGGAUCAGUGCAAGAGUGAGACUUUGGAAUCUUAUCUCAUUCGUCCGGUUCAACGUAUUCCAAGAUACAUUUUAUUGCUCAAUGAUUUGCUUUUACAUACUGUCGAUGUAUUGGAACGUGACAGUCUAGAAGAUGCACUUGGAUCGACAAAGAUUGUGGCCGAUCAACUCAAUGAAGCCAAACGUCGUGCAGAGAAUCAAAACAAGACAAUCCAAUUUCAAGACAAGGUGGUUGGAUUACCAGAUUCACUUUCAUUGACUCAAAAACUUCUCAUAAAGGAUGGAUUAAUGAUGGAAGCUAGACAAAAAAAGGUUUCCAAAUAUGUCUAUCUUUUACUAUUCAAUGAUUAUCUUUAUGUCACUCAACAAAAAAAGAACAAAUAUUUGGUCAAGAAAUCAAUUAAUCUUGUAGAUGUAAAGAUUUUAGAUACAAAUGAAUCAACUAUUAAUGUAGAGAAUGCAUUCAAGAUAUUAUGGAGUGGUAAAGAAGAUAGAAAUGAGAAUGGAAUCAUAUUAUGUAGUUCAAAUCCAGAAUCUAAAGAGGAAUGGGUAAAGGAGAUUAGAGACUCUGCCAAUAAUUUAAAGCGUGCUCAAAUUGCAACUCUGCUAAAGUCACAUGCUCACACUUUAAAUCCAAGAGUUGAAUAA